AUGGCUACCCGACUUUCAAGGCCUAGAUCCAUACAAAACACGAACGUUGGAAUAAUUAAACAGUUCCCCGAACAGGCACAAGCUGCCACUUCCGCCCUCCUUUGCCGGCAAGGGGUGUGGAGGACGUGGAGCGUCCGGCUUCUUCCUGCCUCACGGGCCCGGAUUGAUCUGCGGGAGUUGAAGAGCUGCGCGCUGGUGUGCAAGAUGUGGUACCGCGUCCUGCACGGGGAUGAGAACAGCGAGGUGUGGCGCAGCCUGGCCGCUCGUAGCCUGGCUGAGGAGGCCCUGCGCACCGACAUCCUCUGCAAUGUGCCCACCUACAAGGGCAAGGUACGUGCCUUUCAGCAUGCUUUCAGCACCAAUGAUUGUUCUAGAAAUGUCUAUAUUAAGAAGAAUGGAUUUACUCUGCACCGGAAUCCCAUUGCUCAGAGUACAGAUGGUGCAAGAACCAAGAUUGGCUUUAGCGAAGGUCGCCAUGCCUGGGAAGUCUGGUGGGAAGGUCCUCUUGGUACAGUGGCAGUAAUUGGAAUUGCUACAAAACGAGCACCCAUGCAGUGUCAGGGCUAUGUGGCACUCUUGGGCAGCGAUGAUCAGAGCUGGGGCUGGAAUUUGGUGGACAAUAACUUACUACAUAAUGGUGAAGUCAAUGGCAGCUUUCCUCAAUGUAACAAUGCCCCAAAAUAUCAAAUAGGUGAGAGGAUUCGUGUCAUCUUGGAUAUGGAAGACAAAACGUUAGCUUUUGAACGAGGCUAUGAGUUCCUAGGAGUUGCAUUCCGAGGACUGCCAAAGACAUGUCUUUAUCCAGCAGUGUCUGCUGUUUAUGGUAACACUGAGGUGACGUUAGUUUACCUGGGAAAACCUUUGGAUGGAUGAUACUCUUGUUUUGUUUUUUUAUGGGACAUGAAAAUCAAGAUGACAGUAUGGAGGAACCUGCAUGUUGAUUAAUAGGAAAACAUGGGUGAAAUGUUUGACUCCAUGUCAGAGAAACAUCUAGGAAGACUAAAAUGUGCGAUCUAGAAGACCAGCUGUAUGAAACAGAGUGCAUUGACAUUUCCUUCUUUCUGCUGGACCAGAAAAAGCCUCAGGGGGCUGCAGUUGGUUGGAUAAGCAGUUAACUGCAUGCAUGUUGGAUAAAACUUUAUUGCAAAGGUGGCAAUGUGGAAUCCUAUACAUAUUUAAGGAAAUGUUUAAUCGAUAUGGUUGAGGAUGUUUCCUGAAACUUGUGAGUAGUGCGUAUUGUGGAAAAAUUUUCAAUUUUUAAACUAUUUGCUCCCAUCCGGCCUUUGAUUCAGUGUGUUUUACCAAAGGUAACUGGUUGGGUUUUAUUUAAUAUAUUUUAAAUGUACUUAAGAAGUAUGGCCUCUGGACCACACUUCUCUAGAUUUAACCAUUGCGCAGCUACACUGAAGUGUAUUUUUAAAACUGUUUAUACAGAAGGCUUUAAGAACUAGAACAAAACUAAAGGUUGCUUUUAAGUGAAAUGUAAAUUUUGAAAUAAAUAAAUCACACACUA